AUAAUCAAGGAACCUUUUCCGGGUGGGGAACCUCAGAAAUUGCUCAGUGAGCAACCCUAAUUAACCUGAUUUUUUGCUGAUAAUCACUCUCAAUGGAAUCAAAUCACAAAUCCGGGGAUGGAUUGAGCGGCACCCAGAAGGAAGCGGCACUCCGCGCACUGGUCCAGCGCACAGGAUAUAGCUUGGUCCAGGAAAAUGGACAAAGGAAGUAUGGUGGCCCUCCACCAGGCUGGGAUUCUACACCCCCAGAAAGGGGCUGCGAGAUUUUCAUUGGGAAACUUCCCCGGGACCUCUUUGAGGAUGAACUCAUACCAUUGUGUGAAAAAAUUGGUAAAAUUUAUGAAAUGAGAUUGAUGAUGGAUUUUAAUGGUAACAACAGAGGCUAUGCAUUUGUAACAUUCUCAAAUAAGCAGGAAGCCAAGAAUGCAAUCAAGCAACUUAAUAAUUAUGAAAUUCGGACUGGCCGUCUCUUGGGAGUCUGUGCCAGUGUGGACAAUUGCCGAUUGUUUGUGGGAGGAAUCCCCAAAACCAAAAAGAGGGAAGAAAUCUUAUCAGAGAUGAAAAAAGUCACAGAAGGAGUUGUUGAUGUCAUUGUCUACCCAAGUGCUGCUGAUAAAACCAAAAACCGGGGAUUUGCCUUUGUGGAAUAUGAGAGUCACCGAGCAGCCGCCAUGGCUAGGCGGAGGCUGCUGCCAGGAAGAAUUCAGUUGUGGGGACAUCCUAUUGCAGUAGACUGGGCAGAACCAGAAGUUGAAGUUGAUGAGGACACAAUGUCUUCCGUGAAAAUCCUGUACGUAAGGAACCUUAUGCUGUCUACCUCGGAAGAAAUGAUUGAAAAGGAAUUCAACAGUAUUAAACCAGGUGCUGUGGAAAGAGUGAAGAAGAUCCGAGACUACGCUUUUGUGCACUUCAGUAACCGAGAAGAUGCAGUUGAAGCCAUGAAGGCUUUGAAUGGCAAGGUGCUGGAUGGUUCCCCAAUAGAAGUGACCUUGGCCAAGCCAGUGGACAAGGACAGUUAUGUUAGGUACACCCGGGGCACCGGUGGCAGGAACACCAUGCUGCAAGGAGAAUACACCUACCCUCUGAGCCAUGUUUAUGACCCUACCACAACCUACCUUGGAGCUCCUGUCUUCUAUACCCCCCAAGCCUAUGCAGCCAUUCCAAGUCUUCAUUUCCCAGCUACUAAAGGACAUCUCAGCAACAGGGCUCUCAUCAGGACCCCUUCUGUCAGAGAAAUUUACAUGAAUGUCCCUGUAGGGGCUGCGGGGGUGAGAGGACUGGGCGGCCGUGGGUAUUUGGCAUACACAGGCCUGGGUCGAGGAUACCACGUCAAAGGAGACAAGAGAGAAGACAAACUCUAUGAUCUUCUGCCUGGGAUGGAGCUCACCCCGAUGAAUACUGUCUCUUUAAAACCACAAGGAAUUAAACUUGCUCCUCAGAUAUUAGAAGAAAUCUGUCAGAAAAAUAACUGGGGACAGCCAGUGUACCAACUGCAUUCUGCCAUUGGACAAGAUCAAAGACAGUUAUUCCUCUACAAAGUAACUAUCCCAGCGCUGGCCAGCCAGAAUCCUGCAAUCCACCCUUUCAUACCACCAAAGCUAAGCGCCUAUGUGGAUGAAGCGAAGAGGUAUGCUGCAGAGCACACUCUACAGACACUAGGCAUCCCCACAGAAGGAGGGGACGCUGGGACUACAGCACCCACGGCCACUUCUGCCACUGUGUUCCCAGGAUAUGCUGUCCCCAGUGCCACCGCUCCUGUGUCUACAGCCCAGCUCAAGCAAGCAGUGACACUUGGACAAGACUUAGCAGCAUAUACAACCUAUGAGGUCUACCCUACUUUUGCACUGACCACCCGAGGCGAUGCAUAUGGAACCUUCUAACGAUCCCUGUCCUCUAAGAAUAAGCCUUUAUAGAAGGAUCUGUAGAAGAUACGAACCUCUAGCCAGAUCCCUCAUGACCACAAGUCAUACCUUCCCCCAAAGCAAUGCCUUUCCUGAGACCACAAGAUUUAUUCGUCGUAUUACUCAUGAAAUGUGAAUAUUAUUCUUCAACAAAAUCAAAUGUUAAGCAGAAACCUGAAGAUCCACGGACAGCAAAAGUUGUUCUUCCAAGGAUCCUGAGUGUCUCAGGAAGAGGAUAACACCCUGACAAAUUAGCAUAUGCUCUUAGUACAGAGAGCUGGGCAGUCCGUAGUAAGGCACAGCCAGUAAAAUGCCCAUCUUAGUCACUGGCUGGCAGCUGCUUCUUCAUUCACAGAACUUAGACACCAGAGGAAAGCAGGAAGCUCUGUAAGAGGCCUUCAGCAUUGCAUACAGUGUGGAGUAUGAUCCCAGGCUGAGCUCAGCAAAACUGUCUGAAACAUUAUAGAUUCCUUCUCACUUUUGGUCUGGACAUUCCACACUGUUCGCCUGUCAUAGGUCAGCAUCCUCCUGUCCCUGCAACCUCUGGGGACUUUCUAGAAAUCAGUACAAUGUAUUUCAGAUAUGCUUGAGACAAAUCCAAGCCCUGUAUUUAUUCAACUCUUUAAGCCACUGUUUUCCUUCAGAAUCCUUUCCCUGCUCAAGGAUUCCCAAAUCACAGAAACCAUGCCAGUACCAAGUUCUAGAGUGAAAGAUGACUUUUUUUGGGGGGGGGGGGUGUCAGGAAAUUCUGGCUUGUCCAUACUCAUUUGCUUUCAUCUCAGACUCAUUUUGCUGAUCCCAAAAACUACAAAGUAAAUCAGAUCUACAUAAAAAUCACUAUGAUAUUUUCAUAAUCAGAAACUUGACCAAAAAGUCAUUUCAAAGAGAAAAGUGUUUGGCUUUUGUCUCGCUGGGUAGCCCAGGCUCACCUUGAUAUUGAUCUUGUGAUCCUCCUGCCUCUGCUCCCCCCAUGCUGGUGUUGUUUACACACAACACCAUACUCAUCUCCAAGAAGUUGCAUUAAAAUUGAGGUUACCUUUGAGUUCUCUACCCAGUUCAUAUUAAUCUACCAAAAAUCACUGUCCAUCCCAUCUUUUGAUUGUCUUUCAAUAUGUGCAGCUGGCUUUACUAUGACUGAGUCCCUUGAUAGUGAAACUAUUCCAGGAAAGCCUUACACCCAUCAUGGUUGCUUAGAGACCAUCCCUUUUAGCAUUCAGUAAAAGUGUUGCUUUCCAAAAUGUCCCAAUUUAGACCAUCUGAUAGUGACUGGGGGAGGGAGGCUAUAUACAUGUAAAAAGGAUGUAAUGUUCUGAUACAAAUUAGAUAUAACUCCAGCCUUAUUAGGGAUUUUAGGAGAUACGGCACUUGAAUUCCCAUUAAAACAAAACAAAAACAAAAAAGCUUUUGGCUUUUGUGAAAGUCUGUAGAACUCAAGAGACAAUAAAGACAAAAGUACAGAAAAUAUUGUCAACUCCUUCUUGGAAUUCUGGAAUCUAAAAUCAGGCCAAAUUCCAUCCAAUCAAAGCCAGGGAAAUGUCAACCAGAGUUGAAUACCUCAUAACCUUUAGGUUCUCAUAAGUCUAGCUAGACAUCUAAAGUUGAGAACCCCAGCUGAAACGAAAGGCUCUGGAUUUCCUGGAUUAUGCCUUCUUUCGGGUUAUUGUGUUCCUAAGAACAGGAACUCCCGAGCUUGGCAGCAUAUCCAAAACACCUAAAGAGCUUUCAAUCAGUUAAGGCCAAGCUCACAGGCCAAAUAUGUCAGAGAGUCUUGGCAUGGGGCCUGACGUCAGUGUUUUGGGAAGAUUCCUGUGUGGUUUGAAAAAGCAGCUUGGAGUGGGAAUGUUAGAGUCUUUGUAGAUCCACUCCGCUUCUUUCAUUCUGUCCUUUCUAAUUCAGUCUGCACCAAAUACACAACACCUAUACAUUGUUUUAGUCAAAAACAAGUAAGUGGUCAUGUGGCUGUCAUUAUAGUCAUCAAGCACAUGCUCUGAGCUUGAACGAAGUUCAUAUUGGCUUCAAACUACUUAUUAAGACAAACUUUAAAAAGAAAAUUCACCUUCCCUUAAAGUAAUUCUUAUAUUCAAAUUUAUACUCACCAUAACCUGUUUUUAUUCAGAGAGAGAGAGAGAGAGAGAGAGAGAGAGAGAGAAUUACAUUGACCCACAAAUGUCCUCUGGCCAGGUAAAUUUCUCCUCAGCCUGAAAAGACAUUUCAAAUUCUACCUGAGGAAAACCCUCAAAAAUAAAUAGCGAAGGGCUCACUAUAUGUUUUCUCAAGAUAGAAGAUGCUGUGGAAGAUUGAAAUCCAUUUAACAGGAAAAGAUAAGUGCUUCAUACAGAUAAUACCAUCAUCGCCCACUAAAAGCAUCAGCAACAUAAUACCAAAUGCUACAAAAAAGAAACAAAGUGUGAAGAAGAUUACCAGUGGGAUACUACAUGCUUACUUUCCAGAGAAAACAUAACUAAUUAAUGGCCUGCCUCCCUGUGGCUAAUCUAUAUACUACUAAAUGGAUGGAUGGAUGCUGCUGCUGCUGCUGCUGCUGCUUCUUCUUCUUCUUCUUCUUCUUCUUCUUCUUCUUCUUCUUCUUCUUCUUCUUCUUCUUCUUCUUCUUCUUCUUCUUUCUCUUCUUCUUCUUCUCCUCCUCCUCCUCCUCUUCUUCCUCCUUCUCCUCCUCCUUAUUCUUCUUUUUCUCCCUCUUCCUCUUCUUCUUCGUCCUCCUCCCUUUCCAUCCUAUUCUUUCUUCUUCUCUUCCUCCUCCUCCUGCUCCUCCUCCUCAUUCAUUCUAUUCUUCCUCCUCCUCUUCUUCCUCUUCCUCCUCAUCCUCCCCAUUCUUCUUUUUGGAGGGAUGGUUCUGAAAUUUUACUUUAUUUUGGUAAUAUAGAGAGGGGAAUUUGAAUUCCGUUGUAACAUUCGUAGUCUGUGUCAGUGUGUUACUACCAUAACAGACCAAUUUUUGGGGUACUGGGUUUGACUCUAGGGAGAAAAUGAGUUGCUAUUUUGGGUGGAGGUGUUGCUAUUGGAUUUAGUUUUGGGGUGUUUGUUUUGUUAACAGUUUUAAGACAUUUUCUCCCUAUGCAGUCCAGGCUGGCCUCAAACUCUUCAACCUCCUCUCUCUUCCUCUUAAGUGCUGGGCUCAUAGGAUUGUACCACCACACAUACCUCAAAGAUAAACUUUGAGAAUAUCAAGUGUCAAAUGAAAGGUUAGUUUUGCAUAGUGUUUAUAUUUUAGAUUUAGCAAAUUAGGACUAAUACCUUCUGACCUUACAAAUCACAAAUCAUAAUUCAUCUUCUCUCUCCCCUGUGUGCUUCUUAGUUCUUCAUGGAAAAACUUAAAAUCAUCAACACAACCACAUGAUAUUGACAAGCCACCCUGGGCAAUCAUUUAGAAGCAUCUACCAAAUUAGGAUUUGGUUUCUAAAGUCUGUCAGUUGACAGUUUGUUGAUGAAGUAAUCCCCUCUGCAUUUAACUUCACAGUUCCUGUUGCUCUUCCACUUCCUCAUCCAAACUCUUCAGUUUCUCCUAUACAAAGGCUUUCGUCGCUCCCUAGUAGAAAGUAGCAUCAACAGCUUAUGCCCCUUUUCACGAAAUUCUUGCCUAUCAUUUGUUGCCUUUACUAAUGCUGAGAAUUUUACAAUCCAUGUUGAUUGACCCACCUGUUCAUUCAUGACAGAAUGUGUCUUUGUCUACUGUGUUCUUUGUUUACUAUAUACCCUCUGUUACUCCAGAAAUGGGAAAUACAGGCACACAUAUUUCUGUUCCUCUCUGCAACGGGAGCACAAUCCAAGAAGCGCAUUCUUCACUUUUGAAAACUGAACAUAACGAGAUCAGCUGGUAACUUUGUCACUUCGUCAAAAUCCCCAGAAUAAGCCAAUUCCAUCCUAACCCUUGUAUUUCCAGCACUACCACCCAACAUGUUCUUAGAGUGAAAUGAAUUUUAAAGUAUUUUUUCCCAGAAAAAUACCAAGAGCUAUGUAAAAAUAAAAAGCAAAGGUUUAGUUAGUCACAAGCUUUAAACUUAUGGCUAUAAGGAAUAUGUACCUGAUUUAAGAUUUUGAUGAGCCCCACACAGGCUUAUUUACUUGAAAACAUUUUGGUCAUUAAGUAUUUCUGUUUGUGUUUAUAAAAUUCAAAACUAUAUUUAACAAGCCUUUGCCAUAUCUCCAUGUUUUGACAGUAAGUGGUUUACGGCGCAGUCUUUUUAUCUUCUACAAAUAUACAAUCUUAUUUUCAAACUUGUUAUUUUGUAUUAUAAUUCCUAGGAGAUAUUUGGGAGUUCAAACUCCAAAUAUAUCGAUUUAAAUCAAUCUUCAUUAUCUUGCUUUAACUACUUAAUCACUGGUAUUUUUAGUACUAUUCUCUCAUAGAAAUCAUUUUUAAUCAAUUUUUGUGACUGCUAUACAAUCAAAUAUUACUUUCUCUUUCUCUUUUAUCUUUUAUUGAAAACAAAGCUUUAAACAAACUGGAUUUCCAGUUCCCAGGUGUUAAAACUCUUGGUUCUUUUCUUUUUAUUGUUAUUUAUAUGGAUUUAUCUAGAGUACCAAAAGAAAGUUAUAUUAAAAGAACAGUAUUAAAGAAUGUGCAUAAAGCAUUAUUUUUGUACUUAGAGUACAAUGUUUUGUAGAGCUAUAUGAUCUAGUUAUAUUAAGUAACAUUAUAUCAUUGGAUUAUUAGGAAAAUGAUUAUUGCUUUGAAAAAUACAAAUAUCCUGGUCAUAUGAUUUAGGGUCAUAAUUCAAAUGAAAUGAGAAAUGACACAAUUUUGUGAGAUUUUAGGAUGGUGAUAUGGCUUUAAUUGAGUUUUCAAGUUCCGUAAUAAAGUUUUAGAAAUUAUCAA